AUGAAAAUCUCUGUUACAAAGCUUUGGAACGGGGAAGAGGGUCGAGGAAAGUACGACUUCGAAAUUUCCACGGACGAUGAGUUUACCAAUGUUCGAGUAACGGCAGAUUUUUUCAACGAUCCAGCGCCGCCCAAAGAGCCGGGAUAUUUGAUGGGCUUGUGGGACUUUGAAGUAGCAGAAAUUUUCUUUCUCAAUUCAAAAACAGAAGAAUAUUCUGAGUUUGAGUUUGGACCGCACGGGCACUUCCUGGCGCUCAAAUUCAAAGGGGCAAGACAGGGAAUUGAUAUCGACGAGAAGUUCGAAUUUGCUUUCUCUUCGCAAAUCUUAGAUGGUGGAAAGACUUGGACAAGCACUGCUCGCAUUCCAAAUCACAUGAUUCCAGAAGGAGUCGAUAAGUUCAACUGUUAUGGCAUCAACGGAGUUGGCGACGACAGAAACUAUCUUGCCUUUUCUUCCGUUCCUGGAAAAGAGCCUGACUACCAUCGAAUCCACUGUUUCGCUCCCUUCAGCGUUUAA